AUGGCGACAAAUAGUGGCACCAAGGAGAAAAAGCUGGAACAAUUGAAAGAGGAAGAGGGGGAAGAAGAAGAAAUUGAAGCAUUGUCACUUUGCGAUCUACCAGUCAAUCUGAUUAACGAUGAGGCUCAACCAAAACCAAAACCAGAUUCUCAGAUCACAGAAACCCAAGAAGACUUUGAUUUCCGCUUAUGGGGUGCCCCCUUUUCCUCAGAAUCAGAAAUGUGUGCUGCUGAUGAAGUUUUCUUUCAAGGCCAAAUUCUCCCCUUGCGUCUCUCGUUAAAGCGAUGUGAAUCAAGCUCGGAGUCCUUUGAUCACGGUUCUGGUAGAAAAUCAUCAACAUGGGACUUUUUCCGUUUGGGUGUGGCUCCUGCACCCGAGAUUGCAUUGCAAGAUCUCAAGGUUCGCAGUACCAACGGUGUUAACAAAAAUCACAUAGGUCGCAACACUAGCAGUGACAACAGCAGCAAUAGUAACCUCAAUGCUAAUAGCGCUGUAAAAAGGAGUUACAGCGGUAAGAGGAAUCACUUUUUGAAGCAAUUUGUUAUAGGUGGUGGCCUUUGGAGUGGUUGCAAAUGCUCUAUUGAAACAGUGCAAUCGGACAUGGUCAUGAUUAAGGGUGGCACUAAAAGUGCCAACAAGACCGAAAGCGCAACGCACGCGAUGACAGAAAAAGUGAUGGAAAGGAAGAAGCAGAAGCAGAGACCAAAGCAAGGGAAGAGGACCAUGUCGCGUCGUCGAACGUUUGAAUGGAUAAAGGAGCUUUCGCAUGAUCCAAGCUAUCCCGAUGAUGAGGCUUUGUUAUCUAAAUCUUAA